AUGAUGCAGACAAUUACCACGUGCCUGCAAUCGUCGUCUCCAGUCACUCCUGUGGCGGCACUUGAAGUUCCCACGGGCUGCGGCAAGACAUUGGCCCUUUUGUCCAGCGUACUGCGUUAUCAGGCCACACUGGAGAAACUGACCUCUCAGGAACUGGAACAAUACAUGCAAAAACGUCGGUGGAAAUUGUCCGCGCCUUCACCGCCAACGUCUUCGUGGAAUGAAGAGAGUCUGGCUAGAAAUGGGAACUGCAUUACUGAGAACGCAGUGAACAGUGAAGAAGAGUGGGGGGUGCCACAUGAGUUUUUUAAACAAUUUUGUGCGAAGCGCAGUAAGCGUCUUCGUGUCGAGUUAGAUGGAACACCAUGGAACCUUCGCCGACAGCAUGAAACUCCCCCCUGCACCGUUUUCUAUCUCACACGAACCCACUCUCAAGUGCGUCAAAGUGUUGGUGAAUUGCGAAAACUUCACAACCUUUGCCGCCUUAAAAUGAACAUUCUGGGUAGUCGAGAGCGGUACUGCAUUAAUAGCACCGUUUUGAAGGCACGAGCAGACAAGACAUUGCCAGUGGAGGGAAAUAACUUGGGUGAGGUGUGCGAUAAACUUGUUUCUCUUGGUCAGUGUGAGGCUGUUCAUAAUUACGGACAUCUUGGUAGUCGAGCCAUCAGCUAUCCGCUCUGUCAAGGGCGUACGGAGAAGGUGUGGGAUAUGGAAGACUUGGUCGCAGAAGGGGUGGCGACUCAGAGCUGUCCGUACUACGCCACUAGAGAUCUUGUAUUCUUUGCUCACAUCAACUUCGCCACGUACCAAUACCUUCUGGACCCACUCAUUCGCCAUGAAUGCAAGAUGGAGGCUGCACUAAAGAAUCACUCUAUUAUUAUUAUAGAUGAGGCACACAAUGUGCCGUUGGUUUGCCAAGACGCACUCUCACUGCAGGUAACGCUUGAUAACUUGCGCCUUGUUGUGCGUGAAAUUGAGCCCCUCAUAAAUCCGUCUGUGUCAAUGGCAACACUAAAUUAUCCUCGUGAGUUUAAAUUGACACACUGGACACUGGCACAGCUCUUUGCCCUCAUUUACGACGUGUUCAAUGUCAUUGUAAAGUUUGUGGAGAAGCAGGAGUGGGCAGCUGCAAGCUCCUCUAAGACAUCCCAGCGACGAUUCAACGAGGAUGAAGACGAGGAUGACGGACACCGAGGUCUGACAUUGUCUGGCGAGGUUUUUGCUACUAUAAUACAGCAGUGUCUUCAUGACCACAUACCCUUCACGUUUCGAACCGGAGACAUAAAUAGUGGGAAGGCUUCCACCGGCUUACCGAACACUACGAUGGAUUCUUCAGCCAUGUUUCGUCAGGUGUACGGCAUUAUCAUGUCUUUGGGGGUAACUUUUAACCCGUUUCUCUUUUCCGUUUUUGCCCUGUCCAUCAUGAAGCGGUGGAUUUUGGUGAUACGCUUCAUGCUUCAGAAACCAUCGGCCUUUGCAGUGUGCAUUCGCGACGGUGUUUUAAAUGCACGUGUUCAGGAACGCGCUACGGAGCGAGGACCAUCGCAGCAGAGGAGUAUAGGUAUCCGCUGCUUGGAUGGUAGUCUUGCGUUUCACCACCUUCUAGCUGUUACUCAUCGUGUGGUGUUGGCAUCUGGGACAAUGACGCCAUUCUACCAGCUUGGUCGGGAUCUUGGCAUUCCACUUUUCAACAUGGUGACCUAUGAGGGGUUGCAUAUAGUGAGCUCACAUCAGUACCGCUUGGCCGCACUUACACAUACGUUUGAUACUUCUAGACUGCACUGUAACUACGGAAAUUUUAGAGACUUUUCUUUUAUGGACCGUUUGGUGUCUGUCAUUGUUUCGCUCGUUGGUCAACUAAGACGCGGUGGAGUGCUUGUUUUUUUGCCAAACUAUGGGGUCAUGCGGGUGGUGGGGUCAAGACUAUCCUCCCACUUUCAUGGCAGAGCUGAAAGGAAACCGCAGGUAUUUACAGAACCCAAAGAGGCAAUGGAAUUUCCUUCCAUGCUGGAUGCAUUCCGCGCAGAGGUGAGUUGUAGCACAGCCGUUCUAGUCUCUGUGUAUCGCGCGAAGGUGAGCGAGGGGAUUGACUUUGCAGACGACAUGACCCGACUUGUUAUCUGUGUGGGCAUCCCCUUUCGACCACUCAAGUCGUGGACUGUUGCGGCUCAGCGGCGGUACAGUGGUGAGGAGUGGUACACUGUUGAUGCCAUACGUGCAGUGAACCAGGCGCUGGGGCGUUGUCUUCGCAAUCGUUGUGACUUUGGUGCGAUAGUGCUGCUGGAUGACAGGUUUGAGCAGGAGGCCUUUCGAAAUCGUCUCCCAAAGUGGUGCGGGGGCACUUUACAGGUCCACCACACACCUGCGUCUGUGGUGGACGAGCUUUUCCUUUUUUUCCGUCUCAUGGCACUGCCAAGAGCCGUGGAGAAAGCUUGGCCCCAACAACAGCACCAACAAGAUGAAGGGGGAGUUGGUAGAAUGAAAAUUGAUGGCAGCUAA